AGGGCGGGUAACUCUAUUAAUAUCGUCAGGAGUUCAUGAUGUGGGACAAAGGUGUCCGUAUCAUGUUAAAGGGGCCUUAGAGACUUGCUCAAUAGGUGUCCAGCAGUCGUUGACAGCACAUUGGUGUCCCCAAAAGGAAUUGAGCCGUUUAGAAAGUUCCUGUUGGGCCCAAGCUGUGAGUGAAAAAUGGAGUGUGGCGGCUGCUAAGAUUUGGAGAGAGUGUAUCCACCUUAUUGUUAGGACAGUAGGGUGCUGAAAACCUCUAGACAAAAUGCCAUCAACUGCAUGCUCUCAGUACAAAGAUAUCGUCAUUGUUGGAAAUGGCCCCUCAGCGAUCAGUCUGUCUGUCUUCCUGUCAGGUUAUCGACCAUAUUAUGCAGGAGGCACUCACUCCAAUGUGUACCUCAAUGAAAAGCUUCAGAAGAUGAGCCCAAAGAAAUCCAUUGUAGAACAGGAUUUGGCUUUCUUGUCUGAGGGACUCGAAGGCCGUUCCUCCAACCCAGUGGGUCUUCUGUUUGACGCCCUCUGUAGACCUGAUGCUGAUCUAGGGGUAGACAACCCUUCUCUGCUGGAGUGGAAAUUUGAAAAGGAACAUGCUAUUGAUCAUGUGGUUUUGGGGAAAGGCAAAGCAGGAGGGGCAUGGCAGAACAUGGAUGGAUCCAUGCAAACAUUGAGCUUUGCUAACUGGAUGGAACUUCCCUCUCUUAGUUUUAAAGAAUGGCAAAACUCACACCCCAGAGAGGACAACCAUGCCCAUAAUGGAAGAGCAACAAUAGCAGAUGUUAGAAAAUACUACAGCGAUUUUGUGGAAAACCGAGGAUUACAGCCACAUUUUAGGGACCAACAUGUUGUCACCUCUAUACAGAAAAAAUAUGUCACCAACAAAGAUGUGGAUUCCGAGAGCGGGGAGGUGGAACCAUGCAAAUGUAGAUACAAAAACCAUCCCUUCCUCUGGGAGGUUAGAGGCCAUUGUUUCUUAGGAGAUACUGGCUUAGAUAGAGAGGAAUUCUGUUUUUGUACCCCAAAUGUUGUUAUAGCUACAGGUACAUUUGAUGUUCCCAACAAACUAAAUAUACCUGGGGAGAACUUAUCUUUUGUUCAACAUUCUCUUCAAGAAGUAGAGCAUGUAUUAUCCAGUAACAUGAACAAGAAAUCCCAAGACCCUGUACUUAUUGUAGGAGCUGGACUUAGCGCAGCAGACGCCAUCAUUAUGGCUCUGAAAAUGAAACGGCCAGUAGUGCAUGUAUUCAGAAGGGGAGCUAAUGAUUCUCAGCUCAUUUUCAAGAAAUUACCGGCAGCUAUUUACCCAGAAUAUCACAAGAUCCAUUCUCUGAUGAAAGGCAAAACCAUCAACCCCCUUUACAAACCUUAUCCCAACCACUCCUUGGUAGAAUUAAAAGAGGACAACCAUGUUCUGAUCCAGACAACAUCUGGAGGAGACAUUCUUUCUCUGGAUGCCCUCUGUGUGGCUAUUCUGAUUGGAGCUUGUCCAGACUUGUCAUUUCUUCCCUAUGAUGGCAGGCAUCUUGGAAUCGUACCACGCUAUACCAUUGACAGCAAGCAUAAUCCGAUUCAUGUUGACCCAUUUUCAUAUCAGUGUGUUGCAGAAACUGGACUUUAUUCAAUGGGACCAUUGGUGGGGGAUAAUUUUGUCCGCUUUGGAGUGGGGGGUUCUUUAGGCAUUGCUAAUCAUCUCUUCCACACAAAAAAUAAAUGUACACAAUAGUUUUAAAGUGCAAUAGCUGUGAAGUAAGCCAAGGUUGUGAUAAUUUUUUAACUUAUUUAAUGAAUGGAUCUCUUGGUAUACUAACAGAGGUCUUGGCCUUAUAUACCUCAGCUGACUGAUCUGUCACUAUCUUAUUGUUAUAUGUUUUUUAUAUUAAAAGUUUGUUUAGUCUGUUUUAAAA